AUGAUCCCCUUUCCCGUCUCUUCCAAUCUCGACCUUCUCGGCCAGAAUCUCUUAGCGUGCGCCUUCCCCAAUUGGGCGCUGAGUCUUCCCGACGGCGGCUGCCCCCAGGUGGCGCGGAGGAAGAGGGCCUCCUUGGCGGUUUAUCGUCGUCCUUCUGGUGUCGUCCGGAUGACUAUCUCUGCUCUGCUGGAGGAAGAGGGCCUCCUUGGCAGUUUAUCGCCGUCCUUCUGGUGCCGUCCGGAGAUGCUGGGCUUUCGUCCUCCUGGUGCAGUGGCGGUGGACAGUGGAGUGUUCCGCGGAGCUUGCAGCUCUAGUCGUACGGUGGUGGCAUCGAUUGGAGUGGAGGACCGGAGUUAUUCGGCCCUGAGCUCUCUUUUCCCUUGGUGUGCAGAUUGGGGUGGCGGUGGCAUGGGGUGUUUAGAUUGUCGGGACCGCGGGGCUGAGGUUGACUGCUUGGGGUGCGGGAUCGGAUUAGAGCCCCCGAGCUUUCUUGCAGGUGACGACGACGUCGAGUUGACGAUAGAGAAAGACUCGGCAUUCAGGCGAUCUGCUCGGUGGUGUGGAAUUGACUGGCCACCACAUGUGGAUACUUGCGGAAUGGUCUUUCCUUUCUUUCGUUCUAGUCUUUGA